AUGUACUCUGCUCUCCGCAGGCUGAAGACGCAGUCCUGAAGAUUGAUGGAGGGUCAUGCUAUUCAAUCAGCAGGCAUUGCUGAGACAGAAGCUCUUCGUUCUGGGCAGCCUUGCUAUCGGAAGUGUCCUCUAUCUCGUGGCCAGGGUUGGGACCUUGGAUAGGCUACAGCCCAUUUGCCCCAUUGAGAGCAGACUGCCCCCUCCUGAGCCAGAGCAAAUCCCCCUCCGCACCUUGCAGUUUAAGCGUGGCCUGCUCCAUGAACUACGCAAGGGCAAUGCCACCAAGGAGCAAAUCCGCCUGCACAACCUGGUCCAGCAGCUGCCCCGGGCCAUCAUCAUUGGGGUGCAAGGGGGCACCCGCGCGCUCCUGGAGAUGCUCAACCUGCACCCUGCCGUGGUCAAGGCCUCGCAGGAGAUCCACUUCUUUGAUAAUGACCAAAACUACGCCCGGGGCAUCGACUGGUACAGGGAGAAAAUGCCCUUCUCCUUCCCUCAUCAGAUCACCAUUGAGAAGAGCCCUGCCUACUUCAUCACAGAGGAGGUCCCUGAACGCAUCUUCAAGAUGAACUCCUCCAUCAAGCUGCUGAUCAUCGUGCGCGAGCCCACCACCCGAGCCGUGUCCGACUACACGCAAGUGCUGGAGGGCAAGGAGCGCAAAAACAAGACCUACCACAAGUUUGAGAAGCUAGCCAUCGACUCCAACACCUGCGAGGUGAACACAAAGUACAAAGCGGUGCGGACCAGCAUCUACACCAAACACUUGGAGCGCUGGCUGAAGUACUUUCCCGUGGAGCAGUUCCACAUCGUGGACGGGGACCGCCUCAUCGCCGACCCGCUGCCGGAGCUGCAGCUCGUCGAGCGCUUCCUCAACCUUCCCUCGAGAAUCAGCCAGUACAACCUGUACUUCAACGCCACCAGGGGAUUUUACUGUCUGCGAUUUAACAUUGUCUUCAACAAGUGCCUGGCAGGCAGCAAGGGCCGCAUCCAUCCAGACGUGGACCCAUUGGUGGUGACUAAACUGCAGAGGUUCUUUCACCCCUUCAAUCAGAAGUUUUACCAGAUCACAGGCAGGACAUUCAACUGGCCAUGAUGAGCUUUGGACUCCUCCAAUGACAUUCCUUGGAUUGGUGUUUUUUUCUAAAAUGCCGAGCUAUGAGACAUCAUAAAAAUAUGAAUAGCACUUUGAUUGAGUUUAAUACAAGAAUGACAGUGUGACCAAAUAUAAAAAGGGAUGCAAGUGCUUUUACGUGUGUGAAAAUAGAACAAAAUAGUUUGAUGAUUUGACUAAAAGAUGCAGUUCAAACACUUGAUCUUGCAAAUGAAUUCCCUGUCACCAUGAAGAGUAAAAAAAAAGAACAGCACUGAACUGUGUGAUUAACUGAAGAGAUUAUUUUUGUUGCUGUUUAAAAGACUACCCAAAACUGGCAUCCAUGCUGUUAAGAUAAGCUUUGAGUGUGAUGCUUUUUUCAUGAUAAAACACCUCAAAAGAUGACAAAAUGACAUUUGAUAAAACAACAUUAUUGUUCAUUUGUUCCCCCAUCAUGUUGUUUAUUUG